AUGGAGGUUCUCGUGUUUGAGGAUGCGCCAAACGGAGUGGUGGCUGCGCUCGCUGCCGGUAUGCAGGUGGUCAUGAUCCCACACGUGGACAUGGAUCGCUCCUUGUGUCCAAAAGCCACAGUUCUGCUCAACUCCAUGGAAGAUUUCCAGCCGGAGAUGUUCGGACUUCCGGCGUUCAACAGCGCGUGA